AUGCCACCACAUACGACGUUACAAUAUACAAUGCCGUCAAAUCAAACAACGAACACUAAAUCCUCCAACAACUCUAAAUCGAUACCUCCCCAAACACCAGUGCCAAAACCAUUGAAUCGACAAAGACGUGCAACGACUUCGUCCUCAUCUUUUAUAUUCGCACCUAGUUGGUUGAUUAAUUUGAACAACAAGACUGGGCCUGCGUCGACGGUUUUGAGUCCUGCGUAUGCAUCGACCAAUGAUUCUAAAAAGGAAGAUAAAAAGUCGGCUAUCUUGGGAAAAAGGGAUACAUCUUCUAAUAAAGAAACGAGCAGUGGUUUUCAGAGAACUCGUUCUCCUCCACGUACAAAAUCACGAGAUCACCCGAAAUCUCGUCGGGUGUCUAUGGUCGCAUUAGGUGACAACGAGUCGGCUACAAGGACAAUACAUGGGCGCGCUCGCUCGUCUUCGCAGGCCACGGCGCCAAUAUCAUCGUCACCAAGCAGCUUUGAUCGUAAUUUCCCAACUCUUGCAAAGAGGAAGAUAUCAUUGUCUGUAGAUCUGCCACCCAAAAAUGUAGAAAACAUAUGGGCCAACUCGGACGCGAAAUCAAAACUUCUUUCACCGACCGCUUUGACUCCAACAUCAGAGGAUGACAUGUCUUACAACCGAGCCAUCGAUCAAAAUCUGGUGGAGAUCGAACGGUUCAAGUCCCUGGUUCCCAAAGUUGACACCAUCAAGCUAGAUGGAAAGCGAGGUUCAAAACGCAAGACAAGUCGGUCCCUAUCCAUGGACAGCGUCGGAGGUGGUACAACCACAUCUCCAACGAUCGUCUUUCGUAGUAACUCGACUCUUUCAACCUCACGAAACAUGCCUCAAACUCUCCGGAUGCAGGUAAAGGACAAUAGUAACACAACGAUUACGCCAACGAGGCCAAUUGCCAUCCAGCAACCGACCAGACCGCGGGCAGUGUCUGCUGCUGCCGGGAAUGGAAUCAAAAAACUUUCCACGUCUCCCACGAAAAUGAACGUGCUUAACUUUUCCACGCGAAAGUUGGGCGGUUUAGGCAAUGGUGUUAUCGGGAGCGGAGGGAAAUAUUCUUCGAUAUGGAGUAAUCCGGCAAAAAUGGGUAGAAAUCUCCGAAAACAAACUCCGCAACCACUGCAACUGUCCCCAACACCAUCACAAAAAGAACAAGAAAACGAUCGGAAAGAACAGACACCAUGCACCACAAGACCGAUUCCCUCUCAUUCGCCUGUCACCGAUCCAACAUGUAAUAAUACCACCGGUUCGCUCCCAAUAUCCGCCUCCCUAGAACGCGAAGAAGAUUUCCUUCGCCAACUAGGCUGGAAAAAACCCUACGACGAAGAUGACGAUAGCCUCUGGGCAAUUACCGAUGAAGAACGUCGGGCGUUUGUGAGAUUAGUGCGAACGCUCAACGGUGCUGAGGAUAGUAAUAAUAUACAAUCAGACUCGGAGAACACGUUAUCGGUUGGGGAGAUUGAUCGAGCAAAGAACAAGUGGGCCUCGUUUAUGGCUCAGAAGCAGCAUAAGGGAGCGGGGAUUAUUACUGGCGUGAAUGAAAAGAGGCAUUUUCUGAACGAGGAGAACGAAGAGUGGGAUGUUGAUGGUGGUAUUUUUGCGAUCCAGUAA